GGAAGGCGGCCUGUGUGAUCAAGAAUUCUUCUCACUUGCUGUAAGGUGGCGCACCUGUCAUUUGUCAGACCACCGUCCCAGGUUUCGGGCACUUCCGUGAGUUUCCGCGAACUGACGGAAAGAGGCCAGGCGGCAGAACCAGUUCAUUGUAUUCGCACUUUGUCAAAGCAGAAAGAAAGGAGCGUUCACGAGAGGGAACAGAGAGAGAAACGGGGUGAGAGAGUACGCCAGCUUCUCUGCAUGUGACACCACCGACCCCGCAUAUCUGCCUCGCCAUGAAUGGAAACACCGCGCCUUCUUGCAUUUUCUCUCUUACGUUGCUUUUCGCAACAAAUUUUCAUUUCAGCAUGACAAAUAAUCUUCCACUCUGCAAAGAGUCGGAUUACUACUAUAAAUACACAGAGUGUGAUAGCUAUGGCUCCAGAUGGAGAGUUGCUGUGCCUCAUAUUCCAGGAAGCUGCAUAGGACUGCCAGACCCAGUCAACGGCACAUCAUGCUCUUUCUCCUGUGGAGCUGGUCAGUUCUUAGACAUGAAAGAGCAAUUAUGCAGAAAGUGCAUUGCUGGUACUUACUCCCUUGGCACCGGCAUUGAAUUUAAUGAAUGGGAUACAGUCCCACCAGGAUUUGUUAUUUUAGCAACAGCUCAAGACACAGCAGAUGAAUACUCAGCUGUGAACUGUACCAUGUCAAAAUGGACUCUCCACGGUGACUUCAUAGCUUCCAACAACGAUGAAUGCACCGCCAUCCUGAUGUACGCAGUGAACCUGAAACAGUCUGGCAUGGUUUCAUUCGAAUAUCUGUAUCCAGACACAGGAAUAUUCUUUGAAUUCUUUGUUCAGAAUGACCAGUGCCAGGCAACAGAAGAUGAAGAUAAAUGGAUGAAAAAAACAGAAAGAAAUCAAUGGAAUCGCCAUACAGUUCAUCUGAAUCGUGGUAAUAAUGUCUUGUAUUGGCAAACAACAAGGUUUUCGCUGGGCCUGGAAGUACAAAAGCCAGUUCUCAUCAGAAACAUUCAUAUCACAGGGGUGGCCUAUACAUCAGAAUGUUUUCCUUGUAAACCUGGUACGUUCAAUUCAAACAUUGGAUCCUCUCGUUGUGACCUAUGCCCACGAAAUACUUACUCUCCAAGAGGAGCAACGUCAUGCCUAAGUUGUUCUUUAGAUGAAUAUUCAGAGCCUGGGUCAGGAACAUGCAAGCAACGUUCUCCGUGCUCCGAGAAGGACUAUUUUUUCACACAUACGCCGUGCAAUGCUGAAGGAAAGACUCAGAUGAUGUACAAAUGGAUUGAGCCCAAACUGUGCAGUGAACGUAUGAAGGGAGCAGUGACGCUUCCUGCUUCGGGAGCCGAGAUGUCCUGCAAGCCUUGUAACCCAGGUUUUGUCCAAGUCAACCUUACUGGCUGUCAGCCGUGUCCACUUGGCUCUUACUCAGAUGGAUAUGAUGUGUGUACAAAGUGUGCUGUUGGAACUGAACCAAUGCUGGGCUUUGAAUACAAGUGGUGGAAUUCUUUGCCAAAAAAUAUGAACAGCUCCUGUUUCGGUGGGAUUACUGAAGACUGUGGAGUAGUGAGUGGGUGGGAGGUCGCUGGCGACCAUGUACGUAGUACAAUUGAAGGAGCUGACAAUAAUUAUCUGAUACUGACAAUGACAGUUCUUGGAUUUAGGCCACCACAGUCCGUAAUAGUGAAUGAUGACAACCCAGAAGUUGCUCGUAUCACAUUCAUCUUUGAGAUGGUGUGCUCAGCAGACUGUGAAUUACGUUUCAUGGUGGGUCCCACAGUAGAAACUACAAGGACAGUGGAAAUCUGGAAUGGCUCAAAAGAAAAACAAUCCUACACAUAUAUUAUUGAAAGAAGUAUGCCACUUACUUUUGAGUGGACAUUCCAACGCACUACUUCAUUUAAAGAGAGCAGAAAAUAUUCAUCCGAUGUGGCCAAAAUCUACUCUAUCAGCGUGACCAAUGUAAUUGGAGGUGUGGCAUCAUACUGCAGACCAUGCGCCCUUGAGUCAGGCUCUUCAGAAUCUUGCGUGAUGUGCUCUCUAGGACAGUACAUUGACAAAGAAUAUAACAAAUGCCAGCCGUGCCCGCCAAACACAUACCUCAAAGCCCAUCAUCACAUUGGAAAGGAGUCUUGUGUCCCCUGUGGUCCUGGCACCCAGAGUAAUUCGAACCAUACUCUGUGUUACAAUGACUGCAGAUAUGUGCAUCAAGAAGGGGAGAAGUCUUUGGAGUAUGACUUCAACAAGCUCAGCCACAUCUCCAGUUUUAGAAGCGAACCCCAUUUUACUCCGAAAGGAGUACGAUUCUUCCAUAACUUCAAUAUAAGCUUGUGUGGAAAUCAGGGAAGGAAAUUGGCCUCUUGUGUGGAUAAUGUAACGUUUGACGACAUCUUUGAUGAUGACAACGGCGUUGCCAGAUCCAUUACAUCUUAUAUCUGUCAGUCCACACUUGUUCCAUCCGAUGUGAUGGGAUUUAUGUCAUCCCAUCCCACCAAUCUGGCUGAUCAUUUGAUAGGAGUAACUACUCAAACAGAGCUGGACAAUAUUACAGCUGCAGCCAAUCUCUUUCCAAAGGAAAAAGAUAGUACAUUACCUGAUAUUAUCUUUUAUUUCAGAUCUACUGAAUCAACGCAGACUUGUAAAAAUGGGAGAGUGUCCACAGUAAGACUGAGAUGUAAUCCUGGAAGUGUCGGUUCAGGAACAAUUUCUGUACCAAAAAAGUGCCAAGAAGGAACAUGUGAUGGUUGUACCUUUCACUUUCUGUGGGAAACGGCCGAGGCCUGUCCUCUUUGUUCAAAGAAUGAUUAUCACGAGAUAGUGGGAGCAUGCAUUAAUGGAAUUCAGAAAAUUGCUUAUGUAUGGUGGGAGCCGAAACUCUGUAAAGGAGGUGUUGCAUUGCCAGACCAACUAGUGACAACAUGCAAAACAUUAGACUUCUUCUUGAAAAUUGGAAUUAUCACAGGGACAGUUACUGCUUGCUUAUUAAUUGUCACAACAUGCUAUUUCUACAAGAAAAAUCGAAAAUUAGAGUACAAAUAUUCCAAGCUGAUGAUGAAUGCCAAUACUAAGGAUGGUGAAUUACCAGCAGUUGAUAGCUGUGCCAUAAUGGAAGGUGAAGAUCUGGAAGAUGAUCUGAUUUUUAUGAGCAAGAAAUCUUUGUUUGGAAAGAUAAAGUCAUUUGCUGUUAAGCCUUCAUAUGCCCUUGAUCUUGACAUAGAAGAAUGCUUUGCACUAGGAAACGCUCUUUGACUGAAGCGCAGUGUCCUCAACUUAGAUAGAAUGAGAACACCAGAUGGUUUUGAUUCUGUUCCACUGAAAUCUUCCUCAGGAUCAGCAGACAUGGAAAUGUAACAUGAGAUCUCAAAUGCUCUGCUUUGUUGACACAUUCACUAAAGUGACCUUCGUUGAAAUAUGUUUAAACUAAAAAUGCUGUAUUUUAAAAAGCUCUCAUUGGAAAGUUAAAUAUAAAUGAAGAUCCUUUUGUAUAAAUGAUAUAAAUAUUGAUUCAUGGUGGCCUUACUACUGUAUCAUUUAUGUACUGAGAUUUUUAAAAGAUUAAUUUAUGCUCAAAUCUUUAAAAUGACUAGAUAUUAAUGACAAUCAUAAUUACUCAUUCUGGGACCAAUUAUUAGUUUUUCUUUUCCCCAGAAUUAUGGUUUAAGUUUUUAAAUAAUGAAACUAAAAGACUCAACAACUUGAAGAUAUCACCAGCAUGUGUCAAAAAUACGGCACUGAAAUGGAAGGACACAUGGUUCAAAUACAAUUUCUUAAUGUGACCAAAAUUUGAAUUGUUUUUAUUGCUGGGUGUUGCUGUUUCUCUUUCUUAAUCCUCAGCACCUCUUCUUGAGAGAGUCAUCUUACACAGGCUAAUGCAUCUCUUCUAAAUUGCAUGACUUCUGCUUCAAACACCAAACAAAACUGAAAACCUGAAAAUCACCUUGGAAGCUAUGCUUCUGCCUUAAAACCAACAAUAUCCAAGAAGAGUAUAUGCUUUUAUCCCAGUUAUCCAGUGUGAAUAUCUGCAGUAAUUAUUUUGAUCAAGCAAUUGGCUGUUUAGCUAAUAUUAAGAAAUUAGUAUUUACUGCUGAUAAGUUUUAGUUUAAUCAUUAUAUAAAACACUUGUAGUUCCCAAUUUAUCUUCUUGCUGUCCGGAAAAUGGCUGGAUUGCAUAAAGGAAGGCAAUCUCAAUUCACUCUGCUUCACUGCUAAACACGCUGGUAUGUCAUCUGCAGGUAUGCAGAGCAAAUUUUAGCAAUAUUAAUACGAUAGGAAGUAAGUUAUAGAAUAUCUUUUGCAUAAUGAAAUUUCUUAAGGACUUCACAGGACAAAGUUUGAACUACAUUGGCCAAAAGCAUGGUGAAUAAGGUCAUCGUAAGGAGAGCCUUCAAGGAGGUGAAGAAGCAGUGAGAUUUGGGGUUUAGCGCCAAAAUGGUUGAAGACGCAACCACCAAACAGAAACCUUCCAGAAACAAAAUAACCACUAAAAAAACCUGAAGUAGCUUUAUGAUGUGCUUGCAGAAAGCAGGGCUAUAUUUAUAACAAAAAUCUUGCCACUCAUUUGCAUACAAAGGAAUGAAUUCUUAUUUAAAUAAAGGAACCUAAUUAGGAUUUUGGAAGCUCUGUUUGAGAGAAGGCUGCACAGCUUCAUUCAACAUGUUUUACAAUACACCAGAAGGAGUAGUUUUUGCCUCAACCUCCAAAAGUAUUUAGUUGGAAUUUGGGGAAAUGUUGUCCAUGAUUUGCUGCUAAAUUACAAAUAAUUUGUUUCGAAUGUUAACAUGCUUGUCUUUUCCAUAGUUUCUUUUUGCAUUCCAAUAUUAGUUGGCUUUAUAAUUCAUGUUGUUUUUAAGCACAGUGCAUGCCAGAAAAAGAUAUUGUUGUAAAAGUCCUACUUUGAGGCUGAUUCAAUUAAAGAUGUGUAUC